AUGUCCCCAUUACGUCCUUUCCACGUUGAAGAUGAUUCACAGUCUCCCUACACCAGAAGGACCGGCGGUGGUGAUAAUGAUGAAGUCAGCUGGACACUCGACCAGCCCCAGCCCUAUAAGGAUAAGUAUUUCCACGCCGACCUGUGCCGUCCAGUUCUCACCAUUUCAACCCGCAUAGAGAAGCCUAUAGAAAAGAUCAAGAGAGCAUCCCCAACAAUGAAGCCCGAGUUAUCACCAUACCAAGACCCGCUAGACCACACCCCAAGAACGACCACCCCCCCACCCGCGUACAUCACCAUCGAUUUAUCUGGCAGCGCAGAAGUCUACGGCCUCGAAGCAUAUCCAUCCACAUACAAUGACGAAAGGCCUCAGCCCAUCUACGUUCCACCGCAGUCCACCGUCACCGUCACCGCCACUGUCUCAGAACCCGAACCCGAACGAAGACGUCGACAAUGUCCCCCCCUUUCCUCCAUCAUCACUGAAAUCGUCAUGACGGCCAUAAUCGGCGGGGCCUUUGCCCUCACAGUGGUCGCGAUUGUUUUCAGAGUGAAAGACGCAAAAGCCGCUGCCAAAGCUGCUUCUUGA